AUGAGCUUUGCUAAUGACGAUAGAGGCACCACAGGGAAAGUGCUAAUGGCAAUUCAAAUCUCCCUUGUUGCCAUCGUCAUCCUCGUUGACGGAUUUAAUGAAAAGCUGGUUCCGCCACUGUUAUUCGCCGUUUUCGUCGCCUAUUACUGCACCGCCCGCACGCGCACACACGCCCUCCUCCGGUCGGACAAUAGCCUUCCUCGUCCAGCCGGCGACUCGAUCAGCACCAUCGCCAUUGUCGGCGCCGGAAGUUCCGCCGGCGAUCAGGACUCCGGCGGUGUCACGAUCAUUGAGCUCGGUCUCGAUGAGGCCGCCCUUCGGAGCUUCCCGAAGCUGCUCUACUCUGUAGAUUUCGGUAAACUUGUAGAUCAUGAAGACGAAGAAUCUUCGUCGUCGACGGCGAUCUGUUGCUCGAUUUGCUUGGCGGACUUCGAGGAAGGCGACGUUCUCUGGUUGCUGCCGGAUUGCGGACACGUUUUCCACCAGAAAUGCGUUGAUCCGUGGCUGCAGUUGCGGCCGACGUGCCCCAACUGUCGAACGUCGCCGAUCCCGACUCCGAUCGCCACUCCUCUAGCUGAGGUUACUCCGUCGGUAUGGCAGUGA